AUGGGAAACUCCUCAGCGAAAGAGGAGGAGGUGGAGCCAGAGGAGGAGAGAGACGGAGACGAGGAGAUCCCAGAGAAGAAGAAGGAGGAGGAGGAGAAGGAGGUGGAGCUGCCAUUAGGUGUGGAGGAGAUGUUCGAGAGUGGAGAUCCCGUGCUGGACAUUAGCUACAAACGGUUCAAGCGCUUGCCUUCCCGCGUGUGCAGCCUCUCGCACCUGGAGAAGCUCUAUCUGUGCGGGAACAGUUUACGGAAUCUUCCAGACUCCAUCUCGCAGCUCCAAGGCCUCCGCACUUUGGCUCUGGACUUCAACAAGAUGGAGGACAUUCCCGCUCCUGUGUGCGAGCUCGUGAACUUGACUCGACUUUAUCUGGGAAGCAACCGACUCAUGGACCUACCGGAGGAAGUGAAAAACCUCCAGAACCUUCGUUGCCUCUGGAUCGAGAGCAAUUACUUCCAGACGUUCCCAAAACAGCUUUACGAUUUACCCAAACUGAAGUCUUUGCAGAUCGGAGACAACCGGAUGAAGACGUUGCCGUCAGAUUUGUGGAAAAUGGAGGCUUUGCGAGGACUUUGGAUUUAUGGGAAUCGGUUUGAGACGUUCCCGAGAGUCCUGCUGAAGAUGGAGAACUUGGAAAUCCUGGACAUGGACCGCAACAAGAUCACCCACUUCCCGAGUCUGCGGCGGCUCCAUGCCCUGCAGCUCUUCUCCUACGACCACAACCCAGUGGACGCUCCGCCGCCGGUGAAAGAGGAGGUGCUGGUGGUGGGAGAAGGAGCGGCCGAGUUCCUGGAGAUCCGUGAGGCCAGGAUCAAGCGGAGGAGGAAGGCCGCCGAGGAGGAGGCGGAGCUAGCACUGCAGGCCGAGGAGGAGCCCGUCAUACAAGGCAUCCUGAAAAACACCAACGCUAACAAGGGCGGGAACGAGUCUGGGAACGCUGAGGAGAAUGAGGACGGACCGGAGCGAGACACGCAGGAGGAGGAGGACGAACAGCUGGUGGACUGCGAGGAGGAACCGCCGUUUGAGACGCAGUUUGGGGAGGACCUCAUGGAGUUUGAGGGGGAGGGGCUGGAGUACGACACUGUGCAGAUGGAUUAUGAAUAUGAAGAAGGAGCGGAGAUGGAGGAGGUCGGGCGCCACGAGCAGAGGGCGUGA